AUGGCAUCCUCCGCGUUCGCAUCGACAUCAGCGGCAGCCUUUCCGGCUUUGAAUACUGCGGCGAAAACGAGGAGUGCGGGACGAAAAGCAUCAUCGUCAUCGAUGCGUGUCUCGAAGAUGAGAGCGAUUCAGUCGUCGUCGACCUCCUCUGCGACUGAAGAAGAAACGGUGGAGGCGCGAACGACGACACCAACGGAGACGACCCCCACGUCCUCCUCGCUCUCGAAAGAUCUCCUCCCUAAAGAAAUAGGAUCGUGUUCCAAAGACGAGUUAGACGCGUGGCUGGCAGAUAUCAUGAAACUCCCAGAACAGAAGAUGAAGUUGGAAUACUUCAAAGAGGAAGGGCGAGGGUUAGUCGCGACCGAGUCGAUCAAACGAGGCGAGAAAGUUCUGGAGAUUCCCCAAGAGGCGAUAAUCACUGUCGAAGUCGCUCUGAAGGAGUCUUUGUUACGAGAGAAGAAAAAACUCGCCGAGUUGCAAGAGUGGUCGAUAUUGGCGACGUUUUUAGCGGAGACGGCGCAGAAUUUGAGCACAGAGGAUAAUUCGUCCAACAAGUAUAGGUUCGCGACGUACGUGAAAGCGUUGCCGAGGAGCACCGGGUCGGUUUUAGAGUGGCCGGAAUCGGACGUGAGGACGCUGUUGGCGGGGUCGCCGAGUUUGUUCUCGGCGUUGGAGCGAAGAGCGAGCGUGGCGGCGGCGAUUGCGGAAAUUCGAGUCAACUUCCCGGAGUUGAACGAGAAAACGUUACAGUGGGCGUUUGAUAUUUUGUUCAGUCGGUUGAUUCGGUUGGAAAGUUUAGGAGGUAACUUAGCGUUGGUGCCGUGGGCGGAUAUGUUGAAUCACCAACCCGGUUGCGAGGCGUUUAUCGAUUUAGAUCGAGGAUCGAGGAAAGUGUGUUUGACGACGGAUAGAAGUUACGAACCUGGGGAACAAGUCUGGGCAAGUUACGGCCAAAGACCGUCUUCAGAGUUGUUGAUUUCCUACGGGUUUGCGCCAGCGGUAGGCGAUAAUCCAGACGACGAGUACGCGUUGAAUUUACAAAUCGACGAGGAGGAUCCGUUUGCGAGCGCAAAAGUGAACGCGUUGGCGAGCCAAAAUAUUCAAGCUUUUGAAACGUUUCCUUUGCGGUUGAACGGGUAUCCUAGACAAUUGUUACAGUACGCAUCUUUUGCUAUGUGCACGCCGGACGACCCGUCGAAAGUGGACGAGUUGUGUCGCGCGGCGUUUGUGGAUAUCCAAGCGCCAAAAUCGUUGCGAAACGGUGUCGAUUUGGCCAGAGGGUUAUUAGCGUCUAAAAACGUCUUAAAAUCGAAAGGUAAACGAGGCGCGGUUUUAGGUGGUGUCCAAGGCGAGAUUGCCGUUCGAGAGAUGCUGGCGGAUGUGACCAGAGACGCGUUAGAUAGAUACGCGAACACGGUGGAUAAAGAUAAAGGUUUAGCGUUGGGAAGGAUGCCGGAGAUGCCGGAGGCGAGCAUGUGGAUCGGAGAUGCGAGCACGGCGAUCAAGAGUUCCAUGCGAUCGGUAUGCGCGGCGAGAGUUAGAGUUUCAGAGAGGAGAAUUUUAGCCAAAACGGAUUCGGAGGUGAGAUUACAGCUCCGAAGAUUAAAGAGCGAGCAAAUGAACAGCAAAUAG